AUCAGGUAGUAAAGUAACGUCUAUGAGAAGAAGGCAAGGAAUAGGAAUGGUAAUCCAAUCCUCUUCUGCGAUUGCGAAAUGCGACAUAAUAAAGAGUUAGCCGUAACGCGGUAGUCAAUGUCCAAUCUUCUUUGCUACAAUAAAUCUUUAAUUGCAUCUCUCACCCUCGAUCUUCUUCAUUGAUCGAGAGAGAAUCGGAGGAAAGGUUUGGAGCGCGAAGAGAGAGAGAGAGAGAGAGCUGAGAUCGAGUGGUAGAGAAUCAAGAAUCGGAUCGAGAGUUUAGGGGAGGAAUAGGAAUAGGAACGACGCAAAAAAAAAGUUAGUAUAUGGGGGGUGGGAAUGCAUUUGUGGAUGGUGUUCUUCGCUGGUUUCAUCGUCGUCCAUCUGCUCCUCCCAGCGCAAAUGCGGAUUCUGUUCUGACCCAUUCCCACAAACCCACUAAUUAUUCUAGCAAUUAUUCCAAAAACCGUGGAGAAGUAGAGGAAGAGCAGCUUAGAAUAGUAGAAGACUUUGAUAUUUCAGGGCUGAGUUCGAUCAAGGUCCCCAAACGUGUCAAUUUCCCACUUUCCUUCAUGGAUCCUCACAGAAAGAGUAACCUGGAGACCGAAUUCUUUACGGAGUAUGGAGAGGCAAGUAGGUAUCAAGUUCAAGAAAUUAUUGGAAAAGGUAGCUAUGGAGUUGUGGGGUCCGCAGUUGAUACUCAAACUGGAGAGCGAGUUGCAAUUAAGAAGAUCAAUGAUGUGUUUGAACAUGUUUCUGAUGCCACCAGAAUUCUGAGAGAAAUUAAGCUUCUCCGGCUACUACGACACCCAGAUAUCGUAGAAAUCAAACAUAUUAUGCUUCCUCCUUCUCGGAGAGAAUUUAGAGAUAUAUUUGUUAUUUUUGAAUUGAUGGAGUCUGACCUUCAUCAAGUUAUAAAGGCCAAUGAUGAUCUUACAGCUGAACAUUACCAGUUUUUUCUUUACCAGCUUCUGCGUGGUCUAAAGUAUAUUCAUACAGCAAAUGUUUUCCACCGAGAUUUAAAACCAAAAAAUAUCCUUGCUAAUGCGGACUGCAAGUUGAAGAUUUGUGAUUUUGGACUUGCUCGUGUAUCAUUUAAUGAUGCGCCAUCAGCUAUUUUUUGGACUGACUAUGUUGCAACUCGAUGGUAUCGUGCUCCUGAACUAUGUGGCUCCUUUUUCUCUAAGUAUACUCCUGCCAUUGAUAUUUGGAGCAUCGGUUGCAUAUUUGCUGAGAUGCUUACUGGAAAACCGUUAUUUCCAGGAAAGAAUGUUGUGCAUCAAUUAGACCUUAUGACAGAUUUGCUUGGGACUCCUCCUCCAGAAACUAUUGCAAGGAUUAGAAAUGAAAAGGCAAGAAGAUAUCUCAGUAAUAUGCGCAAGAAGCAGCCAAUUCCAUAUGCACAAAAAUUUCCCCAUGCAGAUCCAUUAGCUUUGCGUCUUCUUGAACGGCUACUUGCAUUUGACCCAAAAGAUCGACCAAGUGCUGAUGAGGCAUUGGCUGACCCAUACUUUCAGGGUUUGGCAAAUGUGGAGCGUGAACCAUCUACUCAACCCAUAUCAAAGCUUGAAUUUGAGUUUGAGAGGAGGAAAGUUACGAAAGAUGAUGUUAGAGAGCUCAUCUAUCGUGAGAUUCUAGAAUAUCACCCACAGAUGCUUCAGGAGUAUCUCCAGGGUGGAGAACAGACUAGUGGCUUUAUGUACCCAAGUGGUGUUGAUCGAUUCAAGCGGCAAUUUGCACAUCUUGAGGAGCAUUAUGGUAAAGGUGAAAGAAGCACUCCACUCCAGAGGCAGCACGCCUCUUUGCCUAGAGAGCGGGUGCCUGCACUCAAGGGUGCUCAUGAAAGUGAUUUUGAAAAGAGAACUUCAAUUGGUUCAACUCUUCAGAGUCCACCAGAUAAUACAGAAAAUGGAUCAAACUUUAGUGCUCGAAGCCUGCUAAAGAGUAAUAGUAUCAGUGCUUCAAAAUGCAUAGAAGUUAAAAGGCGGGAUUCAGAGGACGAGCCAAUUGAAGAGCUAAAUGAGGAUGUUGAUGAGUUAUCUCAUAAAAUGUCCAAUCUCCAUGCCUAAUUCCACGGUUCAGCAUAUUACUCGACGGUUUGAUUACUUUCUGCCAUUUUGUGCUGCAUUUACGUGGGUCUGCAGCGUUUCAUAGUAUGAAGUUUUGGGUAGAGGCUAACAGUAGUCUGCCAAAGUCGGUAUUUGUUGUUUGAUUGCACUGUUGUCAUUCUUUGUUUAUAGAGCCAACACUCCCCAGUUAUUUGGAGGCUGGCUAGUAUAUGUAGUUUUUUUCUUUUGCCCUAUAUGUUGUAUUUACUAUUUGAUAUUGUCACAGUUGAUUAUACUUUAUCUGUAACGACUCGAUAUUACUGGUGUCAGAUGGACAGAUUUGAGUAAAACAUUGUGCCAUUAUGUGGUUUUGCUUGACUACAAUUCCCA